AGUGACUCUCUGUUUCCCCGCCGGGUGAUAGUUCAGUGGUUCUGUUGGGGGUGAAUCAGCUGUUUUUGUGUGAGCGGAAUAUCAAUCUGACAGGAAGAAAUGGCUUCAGGACCUUGUGCGCUUAUUACGAGCUGCGAUCCGGGCUUCGUGGAGGAGGCACUCGUUAAGCAAAUCAUUGCUGGUGAUGGUAUUUUAGGACCCUCCUCCCAGACUGGAGAAGUCAGAUGGUAUCCCUGGACGAUAAACAACAAAUAUUACACAGCAGACAUCUGCCUGUGCGCCGUACCCAACAGAUUCCUCGUCACGUCCGACAUCGCUGAGGGCGUGCAGGCAUUCAUUGUGUAUUUCGACAGCAACACAAAAUCUGGCCUGGACAGUGUGUCGCUAUGGCUUCCCCUGGCAGAAGACUGGUCCCCUGAGGUGCUGAUCCUGGUCUGUGAUCGCGUGUCAGAGAAUGGUGUGAACAAACAGACAGCCCAGGAGUGGUGUAUCGCACAUGGCUUUGAACUGGUGGAGCUCAACCCAGAAGAGGUCCCCGAUGAAGACGACGACUUUCCAGAGUCCACAGGGAUAAAGAGGAUUGUUCAAGCCCUGAACGCAAACGUGUGGUCCAACAUGGAGAUGAAAGAUGAAAGAAACCAGGGCUUCAGCCUCAUGAGCAGCCUGGUGGGGUCACGUCACAGCAACGGAGCUGCGCACAGCCACGAGCCACAUUCACACAGGUCUGCAGAUGGUGGCACUGAAACUAGUUCAGAGGACAGCAGGAGAAACGCUGCUCCAGAUCCUGACACUCAGAUUGACACGCUUGUAGAUCCCAUGCUGGAUAUGGAUAUCCAGGAACUGGCCAGUCUAACCACAGGGGAUGCAGAUGUGGAGAACUUUGAAAGAUUGUUUUCUAAGUUAAAAGAAAUGAAAGAUAAGGCAGUAACACUACCUCAUGAUCAAAGAAAGCUGCAUGCUGAAAAGGUCGCCAAGGCAUUCUGGAUGGCGAUUGGUGGAGACGAAGAUGAAAUUGAAGGACUGUCAUCAGAAGAUGACAAUUAAAUAGCUGCUGUGUAUCUCCAAACUGAGAUUUCAUUGUGGAACAUCUCCAACUCCAGCACCUAUUUACCACCAUAAACGCCCUGAUAUAAAAGUAAAGAACAAGAACAGUACAGAGUUAAUGCUCACCUGGAUCAAACUAACAGUGUCAAAGCAGAAACGUACGAAAGCGUAGCUGUCAAGGACACAUGCCUCCCGCCAACCACCUGUAAAGUCUUACAAACUCAAAACUGAAAACGUGUUGCUCACCUGGCCCCUCUUCUCAAUCAUUCCUGUGUUUCAAUUUUGUAUUUUAAAAUGUAGAAACAGUUGAAUAAACAUUUAAAACAACUGUAAUGAAAUCAUUGGACUAUUUGGGGGGCUGGAGAAUGAAACUAAAUAAAUGAAGCAUUUACACAGACCAAAGAAGAGGGAACCCUUCAUGAGAGAAAUGGUGGGGAAGUUUGACUCUUAACUGCUGUAGGACGUUUCAUCAAGAACGACUGUCCUCCCGGGAAUGAAGUAACAAAACACAUUGAAGAUGAGCAAAAAUCGAAUUUAUGACAAUAUCAUGAAAUGUAGAUCGCAAUGAUUGUUUGCCUGCUGUGUGGCUCAGCAGUUGAAGCUGAGGGCUGGAGAAAGUGAAACUGCAUGGGGAUUGGAUAACAGUCAAUCAAUGAGAUUAUUAUUUUUUUUAGCUGCAUGGUUAUUUCUAUUUGCUUGUGUGUGUGUACAAUGCUAUAACUUACUUUUUGAUUUGAGUGCCCCAGCCUCUUUGUGCUUGUAUUGAUAUAAUCAGUCAAGAACAGAGAAAGAAUCGUUCAGAUUUUAGUACACUAGCUGAUCUUCAACGGAUUGUAUACGGAGGACUGCCAUAUCUGUUUUCACUGUUUGAGGGCGCACUUUCAAACCCUUCAAGCACAACAAGAGAGAACACACUAAUAUACAGUAGAAGAAAACUUUCUGCGUGGUCCACAAGGGUGGAGUAAAACAUUCACAACAGAAACCGGGUCUCUUGGAUUGCGUUACGUUAAUGUAUUGGUGAAAAGUUUCAGUUGCUUUCUGAAACCCAUCGCCUCAUAACAACCUAUUGACUGUGAGAAUAUGAAGGUUAACUUGUUGUUGUUGAUUUAGAAAAUUGAUUGAUUGUGAACUUUGCUGUUUUGACCUUUUGCAGUUCAUUACCUCAGGAGAUGAUGUUUAUCUCACUGCUGGAUUUUGUUUCCUGGUAAAGAAUAAAAAAAAUAUAUAUACA